UUCAGAACAGACAACAGAGCCGUGGGCAAAAAGAGGCUGGCGAAGUGACGUGAGAGUGUUGACAUAAUGGAAGACAUCGGUGGGCUCCGAGAUAGCAUGCUAGCAUUAGCAGAUCAAAUCGAUCAACACUGGUUAUCUGCAGAUACUAUUUUGACACAUAUUGAUGAUUUUGUGGAAAUACUAGGGCGGAUAAGUGCUCUUCAAGAUAUAUACAUAGACGACGAAGUUUUAAAUUGUUUAAGACUGAUUGAGCACCGCGUGCAUGUGGAAGAUGUCCAAGUUCAAGAAGUUAACAUUAGCGCUGGUACUACAAGCACAGGUGCUGGACGCCCGCCUCUGGAUAUUCCUGGCGAUAAGCUGGCUAACUUUGUGUUGUCCGGUCUAUCAACCCGAGAAAUCGCGGAUCUGUUUGGUGUGUCAUCCAGCACGAUUCAGAGGAGAUUGGCCGAAGAAGGCCUUAGGGCAUCGAUUAAGGGCAUCAAUGCAGCGAGUUGAUCCAGGAGCAAUCUUUAUGCGAAGGUUAACCCUACAGACUGCAAGGCGUCGUCAGUACAAUGUUCCUGCACCAAAUAGUCUAUGGCAUAUAGAUGGCAAUCACAAGCUGAUCAGGUGGAGGAUUGUUGUCCAUGGUGGCAUUGAUGGGUUCUCCAGGCUGAUUGUUUACCUAAAUUGUGCCACCAACAACAGAUCUUCAACUGUUCUUGAUGGUUUCAUGUCUGCUGUUGGUCAAUAUGGAGUACCAUCCCAAGUUAGAUCUGACAAGGGGGGUGAGAAUGUUAUGGUUGCUCAUUUCAUGGUACAAACCCGUGGGGAGGACAGGAACUCUCAUAUUACCGGAAGGAGUGUUCAUAACCAAAGAAUUGAGCGCCUUUGGAGAGAUGUGUACGAAAAUGUUCUUGAUCUCUACUACGCGAUAUUCAUCCAGUUGGAGGCUGAAGGGUUACUCAAUCCUGAUCAAGAGAUUGACCUGUAUGCACUACACAGGUGCUUCAUGCCACAUAUUCAGCAUAAUCUUCAGCUGUUCAAGGAGGCAUGGAAUCAUCAUGGACUGAGGACUGCAAGCCACCGUUCACCUUUGCAGUUGUGGUUAUUAAAUCACAAAGAGGGACAAGAUGUCUCACAGGUUGAUGAGGAUUAUGGUGUCGACUGGGAGGGACCACAUACUCCCUGUGCAUCUUUUGUCAGUGUUCCUGAGAUCCAGCUCCUGCGCCCAUUGAGUGAACAUGAACUUGCAGCCCUACCAAACUGUAAUGUUCCUUUCGGUGAAGCAUUGGCAGUUUACAUUGAAACUGUUCAGACACUCAAAGGCAUGUUAAACCAAGAACCUUAGGUCAAGAACAGUUUCAUCGGGAAAACUAAGGCUACAUCUACAUUGCUAUGCUUCGGUUUUUAAGUGUUUGAGUUUUGAGCCAAAAGCGAUCUAGGUGCACCAAGUGUUUUUAUCUCCAGUACAUUACAUUCUGGUAUGCUGGACAUAAAAAGGAGGCAGCGUGGAGAUUGUGCCCGCUGCUGGUAGUUACCAUGGUAAGGUUAGUAGCUUAGUCUCAGAGAACGAGACGUUGUGACCGAUAAGACCCAAUCUGGUGGAGAAUCGUUGGUGUCGGUGUUGCCAAAGGUUUGCGGCCGUUGAGGCUGAAACACAACCCUCCAGAUUCCAAACCAAAACGGGUCAGAAGUGUUUCCAAAUGUCUCCGGUUUAGGGGCUCGGAAACACCAGAGCAGGGGGAAUGAGAGGGGGACACGUAGCAAAAGACGUAACAGUGUAAAAUGUAACCUAAAUUGAAGGAAUAACUUUGUGAAAUCAAAAAUUGGAAGCGACGAUAUGGUGCAAUCUGUAUCAUCAUUUUGUCUAUAUUCAUUAUUUUAAUUCAGUCACAAAUGUGCAGUUGGCUAUAUUUAAUGCUAAUCUACUUAUUUGCUUUAUUUAUAUUGCCAUAUUAUAUUUUUAGAACAAGGCUGAUGACUGUAGGCCCAAGACAAAAAAAGCCAAAGAACAUCAUGUCAGAUUACAAGGCUUAGUUUAAGAAAGUAGUUAAAUGUACACUAAAGUGCUAGGUGGAGUACAAUAAAAAAAAAAAGAAAUGUACAAAUUUGAAAGUAUUUGUUUAUUUUGAAUAACUGUUAAAGGUAAGCAUGCAUUUAAUUGCAUGCAUUACUAUUUGUGUGUGUGUGCCUGUGUAUGCGUAGCUUGAGAUGACAAACACAUACUCUCUGUAACAAUCAUUCUACAUACAUUGUAUAUUGAUUUUAGCCAAAAGCAGAUUGAUCAUCCUCCCAGUUACUGGCUACAACAAUUCAGUAGAGGGCCUAAAAAAAGUGAUACAGACAAUUAAUAAUAUAAACGUUAGUAUAAACUUUACAAAAUGACCACAUAAGUGUUAACACAUUACAUUCAGUAAAUAUGUGUGCAGUUUAAUUAAAACAGUGUACGAGUAGGAGAGGUGAUUAGUGCCGAACAUAUGGGGGCCAGGUUGCCUGUUUCAUUGCAUGUCUCAGAUUGUCUUCUCAUUUACAGUUUGGUCGAACAGAAAGCCCUUAAAAACUCUGCAAAGAAGUUCCAUAGCCAUCAUCGAGUUUAGCAAAUCAAGCAAAACAAAGAUUACAGUUUUAAAAGCAGAAUAUAAAACCCUUCUUCUAGGGGAAUUUCUGAGUCUCAAAGUCAGCAUAUCCGAAUUACAGUUUAAAAACUGCUAGGGCUGUGCUCGAUUGAAGAAAUUCUUAGUCGA